AUGCCUCAGCUAGGGAAACAGAAUCCAUCGAAAACCUACAUCUUCUAUGCAAAUCAAUUCUGGUUAUUAAAUCGCAAGCAGCAUAUGGGCAAGUUGAUAACAGCCUUAGUGGCAGCAGCAGCAGCAGCAGCAAAAUUCUUGAUUGCCUUCGCCUUUUUUGCCGUGGCCGCUGCCCAAGUUAGCAACGAAUACUUGCCCCCUCAUGCUGGCAACGAUUUGGGAGGUGGCAGCUAUGCCUUUGAAAGUCAUCAUGUAGAAGCUGCUCCCUCUCACUCUGCCCCAGUCGAGUCUUACGAAGUUGAAGCUGCUCCAGCCCAUAGCUUCUCUGAUGCUGAUGGCUACCGCUACAAGACCCAACGUCGUCGCGUUUACAAGACUGUGCGUCGUAGCCGUCGUGGUCUUUCCAACGAAUACUUGCACCCAUCGAUGUCUGCCCCCGCUCACACUUUCUCCGAUGCUGAUGGCUACCGUUACAAGACCCUCCGUCGUCGCGUCUACCGUCGUCAACGUCGUGAUGUCUCUUUGGAAUACUUGCCCCCUGUAGCUAGCCAAACUGCCUCUGCCUCAGCUCCCCAAUACUCUGCCCCAGCUCCCCAAUACUCUGCCCCAGCUCCUCAAUACUCUGCUCCAGCUGCUGUCGAAUCUUAUGAAGUUGAAGCUGCUCCAGCUCACUCCUUCUCUGAUAGCGAGGGUUACCGUUACAAGACCCAACGUCGUCGUGUCUACCGUCGCCACUAA